AAAUUCCGGAAAGAACGACGACCAUCUCCAAUCUUGCGCAUCUGCGCAUUCGUCGCAUCGUCUGACGAGGCUCUAUAGCCCGUCGCUCGCAACUUCCACACUCUCUUUUGGUCGACGGCUUAUUUAAUUUGUUCUCUUUCUUGUUUCCAUGUGCCGGAAAUGAUUGCGCCGUUGCAAUGUCGCAAGCCACCAGCACGAAAUGUGCCUCGCGAUGGGUGACGCGCAUCAUCCCCCUCAUCAUCACUGGCACAAGCGGCUAUGCUACCUACGUGGUCGUGGCCUAUCUAGGCGUCGACUACCUGUAUAGAACCAGGGGUGAGCACGGCGCCGCAAUUUCGACAAUCACCCUCUACCUCUUUUUCUACCUCCUCACGAUCGCCGCCUACCUACGAACGUUCCUCAAGAUCAAAGCGGACCCUGGCUUGGUACCGCUCGGCCCACAGGCUCAGCAUGCACUUAGAGAAGCGAACAAGAAGAGCAGGCGGAGAAAGGAGGGAGACUUGGAAAGUCAGCCAUACUACACCGGCCCCGAUCAGGACCCGGACAGCCCCGGCUUGGAGGGAUUCUAUAGCAAGGAUGUCUUCAUUUGCGAAAGUGACGGACGGCCGAAAUGGUGCUCCGAGUGCCGCAACUGGAAACCCGACAGAGCUCAUCAUUCGAGCGAGGUUGAACGAUGCGUACGAAAGAUGGACCACUAUUGUCCCUGGGUCGGCGGCAUGGUGUCAGAGACCUCCUUUAAGUUCUUUGCUCAGUUCACCUUCUACUGCACCAUAUAUUGCUCAGUUGCAUUAGGCCAGACGGCCUACUGUCUGGCUUUGCAGGUGCGCGAAGGGUCUGUAGACGGGAGAACAAUCUCAGGCGUUGCCAUCGCUGGUUUCUUUGGACUAUUCACCUUUCUCAUGACUGCGACUUCUUGGCGCUUUAUUUUACUUAAUAUUACCAACAUCGAUGCCCUUCGCAAGUCAUGGGUUCAUCAACUAGCAAUCAGAGUACCCAAUGGCACUCGGCCAGGAAGUAGCUACGGGACGAUCACAUACCCACUACCAAAGUAUCCCCAAGCGAUACCUACCUCCUCGGACGCCACUGUCGACAGCGAGACCCCUCGCGACCGACUAGCUACCCGCACGUUUGCCAUCAUCAGGACCGAACCGGAUGAAAACCCGUGGGAUCUCGGGUACGCUAGAAACUGGACGUCCAUUAUGGGGUAUUCCUUGAUCGACUGGCUUUUGCCCAUUCGCGGGUCCCCGUGCGCCAAUCACGAUAGCAUGGAGAGUGACUACGAGAUGGGCCCGUUAAUACAGACGCUCAGAGAACGACACGGUUUGCCUGACCCCAACCGUUCAUCUAGCGGAAUGGAGAUGCAGGAGCUGAGAGACCGCGAUCGUUGACCGAGGUCCAAACAUAUCGAACGGCCUUGCACAUUUAGGCGUUAACAGGGGGUUGGGCAAUUCAAAGGGGACCAGCGUUUUAUUUUGGUUCAUAUGCCAACGUGCACACACCUACACACAUACGUAACUAACGCUAAACCUUCUUAUGUAGUAAUUAAUUCAGUAUAUGGAGAAAUCGGGUAGACCAUCUCAUACACAUUGUCAGAAUAUCCCACCUACUCAGGACUUUCUGAUGACCCUAGUUUAGGUUCCAUGCGAGACCAACAUCGACUCGGGCCGACCGACAUAGAAGAUCCACCGGACCGAAGGCGCGUCCACCGAACGGCGGCGGAAACGGUGGGGCUGAUCCGAUGUCUUGUAGCUCGCCCAAUCUCAGAAGAUGAUGAACUUACUGC